UACUAAUGUAUACAUAUGUACAUAUGUAUCUUUUCAAUUUCAGUUGUCGGCAGCAUAAGCUAUCCCAAUGCUUCAAGCGCAAAUAACGGCGCUCAGCAGGAUCCUUUAAAAUCACAGUCACAAGUGCAACUAGACCAACUGAAAUUAACUAACGGCAAAUCCAGUGAUAACGUUAACAAUCUGAAUAAAAUAUUGGACUCUGAUGUAAUGGUACCUACAUCUAAUUUACAAAAAUUCAUCGAAAAUGCAGAUAAAAUAUUAAGAAACAUCACAGCAUUGCCAACGGCAAAUGAAAAACUGUCUUCUAAGGAUUCGAAAGGCAGCAAGCAGUUAACUGAAGAAAAUACUAUUGUUAAGGCCGCGAAGGUAGAGGACAUUGGUACCGAUGAGGAAGAAGCGAACGACGAUGGUGCACUGCCUCCAUCCGUAGUGAUGACUAUUAAACGUCCUGGAAGUGCCAGUGCUGUACAACAACAUUCAAAUGAAAAUCGAGUGGUGAAAAAAGUAGAAACAAAAGUGACCAUAAAUAAACCUAAGGCAAUACCCAAAGUGCAACCUGCCAGCCAUCCCGUACCACGCAACAAUACCGACCACACCAAAGGUAUACCUACGAGUGAAAUAUAUGAGUCGGGACACUUGAAUGAGGAAAUAAAUUUUGCAAAGAUUUGUCCAAAUCAAGGUGACGAUUUAAAGCUGCUGAUACUUAUCUCGUCCGCGGUAAAUCACGCAGAAGCACGUCUUGCCAUACGACAGACCUGGGCACACUAUGGUACUCGUCGGGAUGUAUCCAUAGCGUUUGUCUUGGGCCGUACGACAAAUGAGAGCGUAAGCAAGGAACUGAGCAUUGAGAAUUUCAUUUAUGGUGAUGUGAUUCGUGGCAACUUUAUCGACUCGUAUACCAAUUUAACACUGAAAACCAUUUCCACAUUAGAGUGGGUUGAUCUGCACUGUCAGCAUGCCAAAUUUAUAUUGAAAACGGAUGACGAUAUGUUCAUUAAUGUGCCGAAGCUACUACAAUUCAUAGAUGGCCAUUCUAAAAACAAGCGUGUCAUAUACGGACGCUUGGCGAAGCAAUGGAAACCCAUAAGGAAUAAAAAAUCAAAAUACUACGUGUCAACUGAUCAAUUCAGUCAGCCACUAUUUCCCCCAUUCACCACCGGUCCAGCGUAUCUCUUAACAAGUGAUGUCAUACAUAUGUUGUAUGAAAAAUGUCUUCAUCAGGUCUACUUGAAAUUGGAGGACGUCUUUACUACAGGGAUUGUUGCGCAACAGCUUGGCAUCAAGCGCGUACAUGCCAAUGAGUUCCUUAAUCGGCGAAUUGCUUUCAAUCCAUGCAAUAUACGCAAAUUAAUCAGUGUACAUAUGGUCAAGUCAAAUGAACAAUUUGAUCUUUGGAAGAAAUUGCUGGAUAAGAGCACCAAGUGUAAAUAGUAUUUUAGGUUUAUACAUUAAAGUCAUAUAACACUGAGCUGUAGUUGUAAUCGUAUUAGAAUAAGUAUCAAUUUAUGAUAGAACCCUGGACUAUUUUUUAUUUUAAAAAAAGUUACACUUUAUUUGAAAGAACUACAUACUUACGAGUAUCUAUACUCAUAUGUAUAACAAAAUUUACGAAAGUAUACAUUUACUAAAUAAUAAAGUGGCAUAGUUUAAACCUCUGCAAAAAUUAUACUUAUA